AUGCUGUCUAGAUUGCAGCUAUGGGUAGAGCUCGGGCUUCUCGUCUCUUGGACAGAGGCUUUUCAGGGCUCUGAUCGAUCCCUGGCCUACUUCAUCCAUCUAUACGAGUGGACCCGUCACUGUCAACUCUACCACGGUUCGGGUGCCACCGUCAAUGAGCACCUCAAACGUAUCGACAACCACGACGGCAUGUUUCAAUAG